AUGUCUCUGUAUCAGCUAGUCUUCAGAAAAUCUUGCAAUUUACCGGUUGAAUUGGAAUACAAAGCAUUAUGUGCAUUGAAAGCUCUAAAUCUGGACUGGACAAAGACUUCAAAAGAGAGAGUAGAUCAGCUAAAUAAGUUGGACGAAUUCAGGUUCAAGGCAUAUGAAAGUUCAACUCUUUACAAGAAAAAGAUGAAGAAGUGGCAUGAUUCUAGAAUCCUUAAAAGGGAGUUCAAAGUAGGAGAUUGGGUUUUACUAUAUAAUUCUCGACUCAGGCUCUUUUUGGGAAAAUUCAAAUCUAAAUGGUCAGGUUCAUUCGGAGUAACACGGGUAUUGAUAAAUGGUGCCAUUAAAGUCGAAGGUGAAGAGAGACUUGCAUUCAAGGUGCAAGAAAUUACGCAAGGUGAAGACUCAAUUGGUGGAUCACCGAAGUUGUUCAGCGAUCCCGACCUAGUCCGCCUUCUGGACUUUCAAAAUGGAGCUGAGAUACUGGAACAUUAG